GACGGAAGCGCUGAAAAUAGGGCAGAACAGAGUAGUUUUCUCGUCAACAGGAAAGGAAAAUACAUCCUUUGCUCCAAAAUGAAUAGGCUUUUUGGGAAAGGAAAACCGAAAGAACCACCCCCAAAUCUGACAGAUGCUAUUGCUAACGUUGACAGUAGAGGAGAGUCCAUAGAGAAAAAAAUCAGCAAACUUGAUGCUGAACUCCUGAAAUACAAAGAACAAAUGAAAAAAAUGAGGGAUGGACCAUCGAAGAAUAUGAUCAAGCAAAGAGCUCUUAGAGUACUAAAGCAAAAGAAACAGUAUGAAAGUCAACUUGAAAAUCUCCGGCAGCAGUCUUUCAAUAUGGAGCAGACAAAUUAUGCUACACAGACACUUAAAGACACUAAAACUACGGUUGAUGCUAUGAAGCUGGGACUUAAAGAGAUGAAAAAAGAAUACAAGAAAGUUAAUAUUGAUGAAAUCGAGGACCUUCAAGAUGAUAUGGCAGAUAUGCUAGAGAUUGCUAACGAAGUCCAAGACACAUUGGGCAGAUCAUACGGAAUGCCUGAGGACAUCGAUGAGGCUGACCUUGAAGCAGAAUUGGAAGCCCUUGGAGAUGACCUUGCUCUUGAUGAAGACACUUCUUACUUGGAUGAAGUUCCUGCACCAUCAGAUACUGUACCAGGGGAGAAAGAUACAGGAGAAGCAAGAACACAGGUGUGGGACACUGUUAAUCACACUGCAUGAGUCAGUUUGUAAAGUACCUCUGAAUAUAGUACAUCUCAGUUUUCAGGUGGUAUUCAGCUACAAACCACAAUUGGUGGCAUUCUUUGUCUGUGUGCAAUCUACGGUUAUUUGCAUGGUUGUCAAUAGUGAGUGUUUGAAUACACAUGUGGCUAGUCAGAUUUUGAGUUUGAUGACAGUUAGUGGCUUUGCUGAUGCUAAAAACAAGAAUUGCAAGCAGUUUGGUUUAUUCAGUAAUAGCUCGAAGGAUCUUACACUAUGUUGAUACACGAGGUACAUAAAUCUAUACAUGGCCAUGCUCAUUGCCAUGUAUUUUUUCUUGGUGAUGGUGGACCAAACUUUAUACUGAAAGAUCUUCAGUUUGUUUAUGAAUAAACCUAACUGCUCAGGUAACAAUCAGUUGUUUAAUAGCAUGUACACAAUGCGCCAUCGUUGAACCCGCUACAUUUGAUGGUUGUAUUCAGUGUACCCAUUCCUUUUAAUACAGUAAGUUUAC